AAUGGCAGCUACUACACCUUCUAAUGAAACAAAUGAUGCUCCAACUGCUGAUGGCGAUGAGACUAGUAGAAGUGAUUGGCCUUCUCAAUUAUUUAGAGAUCAUGUUAUUAUUAGGCUUGAGCCAGAGUUGGCAAGAAACCGUCAAAAUGCGCCUAAUCUUCCGGUCCCAGGCGAUGCCCGUCAAGUAGAAGAAUAUGUUUUUCAAAAAUGUUCAAGUAAAGAUGAAUAUAUGAGAACUAUUGCUAAGGUUAUAAACGCCAUAAAUUGCAAUUCAAAAAGCACAGCUAUGCCGCCAGGGUUUCAAGCACAACAGCAACAAGGAGGAAUUGUUAAAUCGCCAAAUUCUUUAUUAACUCAACUUGGAAAUGGUGGAGGGGGAUUGGGAGGAAGUGUAACACCAACAACAAAGGCACAGAUUCCGCCAGAUCCACAGCCUACCCAUCAACAACAACCUCAAGGCCGUUUUCCUUUGCAACAACAACCUUCUAAUACAUCAGUAGACCAACAAACUUCAUUCCAAAUGGGGCAACCUCCACCAAUAAUGAUGCAACAACAAUUUCCUCCUUCUGAUCAAAUUGAUGGUGUUGCUCCAGAUCCGUUAAUGCAAAAUUCAAAUUCUUCAAUGGGAGUAAUGGAUUAUGGAAGAAUUCAGCAACACCAACCAGGGACAACAUUUACUCCACAACAAUAUCAGCAACAAGGUAAAUAUUUUUUAAAUAGGGUGUUGGUCCCCGACAUCUCCUUUCUCUGUAAAGUUCUCCCCGACGGGUCGGGAACCAACCCUAGGUUAACAUUUUUUGUAAAAUUAUAG